GAGGAGUUGGCGCUCCCCGGGAGGCCGGGCCGAUGUCCGCACCGGGCGGAGACUUGCCUGGGUAACACAAUGCCAGCUGAGCGCAAAAAGCCAGCAAAUAUGGAAGAAAAAGAAUCUCCGUUAAAUAAUAAAGAAAAAGAAUUUAGUGAAAGGCGACCAGUGAGCACCAGGGAGAAGCCAAAAGAAGAUGUCAAGGUUGGCAUGAAGAGAGAGACUUUAAAGGUUCCUGAAGAUAAAAAGAAAAAACUGGAAGAGGAUAAAAGAAAAAAGGAAGACAAGGAGCGAAAGAAAAAAGAAGAGGAUAAAGUAAAGGCAGAAGAAGAGCAAAAGAAGAAAGAAGAAGAAGAAAAAAAGAAACUUGAAGAAGAGGAGAAAAAGAAACAAGAGGAGGAAGAGAAAAAGAAACAAGAAGAAGCAGCUGCUCAACUGAAAGAAAAAGAGGAAGCACAUCAGCUCCAUCAGGAGGCUUGGGAGCGCCAUCAGGCAAGAAAAGAGCUUCGCAGCAAAAAUCAGAAUGCACCAGACAAUCGCCCUGAGGAAAACUUCUUCAGCAGACUGGAUUCCAGUCUGAAGAAGAACACAGCUUUUGUUAAGAAGCUAAAAACCAUUACAGAGCAACAAAGGGACUCCUUGUCCCAUGACUUUAAUAGCCUGAAUUUAAGCAAAUACAUUGCAGAAGCAGUAGCUUCUAUUGUGGAAGCCAAACUGAAGAUAUCAGAUGUGAACUGCGCUGUGCACUUGUGUUCCCUCUUUCACCAGCGCUAUGCUGAUUUUGCUCCUUCAUUACUUCAGGCUUGGAAAAAACAUUUUGAAGCGAGGAAAGAAGAGAAGACUCCCAACAUUACCAAGUUAAGAACUGAUUUGCGUUUCAUUGCAGAAUUGACAAUAGUUGGGAUUUUCACUGACAAGGAAGGUCUGUCUUUAAUCUAUGAGCAGCUUAAAAAUAUUAUUAACGCUGAUCGAGAAUCCCACACUCAUGUUUCUGUGGUUAUCAGCUUUUGUCGGCACUGUGGAGAUGACAUUGCUGGUUUGGUACCAAGGAAAGUAAAAACUGUUGCAGAGAAGUUUAACUUGAGCUUUCCUCCUAGUGAGAUAAUUAGCCCAGAGAAACAACAGCCCUUCCAGAAUUUGUUGAAGGAAUACUUUACGUCUUUGACCAAACACCUGAAAAGGGACCACAGGGAGCUACAAAAUAUUGAAAGACAAAACAGGCGCAUUCUUCACUCCAAAGGAGAGCUGAGUGAAGAUCGACACAAGCAAUAUGAGGAAUUUGCAAUGUCGUAUCAGAAGCUGUUGGCAAAUUCUCAAUCUCUAGCUGAUCUUUUGGAUGAAAAUAUGCCUGACCUCCCGCAAGAGAAACCAACACCUGAGGAACAUGGACCUGGUAUUGAUAUUUUCACACCAGGAAAGCCUGGAGAAUAUGACCUGGAGGGGGGUAUCUGGGAAGAUGAAGAUGCUAGAAACUUCUAUGAGAAUCUCAUCGACUUAAAGGCUUUUGUGCCAGCAAUUUUGUUUAAAGAUAAUGAAAAAUGUUCCCAGAGCAAGGAUUCCAGCAAAGAUGAAUCAAGAGAUUCAAAAGAUGUCAAAGAUAAUAAGGAAGCACCUGGGAGUGAGGAUUUGGAGUUGGAGCUGGAGAACCUGGAUAUUAAUGAUGAUCCCCUGGAGUUAGACUGUGGAGAUGAGGCAGAAGAUCUUACAAAAAAGCUUCUUGAUGAGCAAGGGAAGAGAGAGGGAGCAGAUAGCACCGGAGCUGAAAAUAGUGACGGAAAACAUGCUGAAAGAAAACAAGAGGAUGAAGAAGCCAGUACAGGAUCUCAUUUAAAACUUAUAGUAGAUGCUUUUCUUCAGCAGCUUCCAAACUGUGUCAACAGAGACCUCAUAGACAAGGCAGCAAUGGAUUUUUGCAUGAAUAUGAAUACAAAAGCCAACAGAAGAAAACUAGUACGAGCACUUUUCAUCGUUCCUAGACAAAGGUUGGAUUUGCUACCGUUUUAUGCAAGACUGGUUGCCACACUGCAUCCCUGUAUGUCUGACGUAGCCGAAGAUCUUUGUUCCAUGCUGAAAGGGGACUUCAGAUUUCAUGUAAGAAAAAAGGACCAGAUCAACAUUGAAACAAAGAAUAAAACUGUGAGAUUUAUUGGUGAGCUUACCAAGUUUAAGAUGUUUUCCAAAAACGAUACUCUCCACUGUUUAAAGAUGCUUCUGUCAGACUUUUCUCAUCACCAUAUUGAAAUGGCAUGUACUCUGCUGGAAACCUGUGGAAGAUUCCUCUUCAGAUCACCAGAAUCUCACUUAAGAACCAGUGUUCUUUUGGAACAAAUGAUGAGAAAAAAACAAGCAAUGCAUCUUGAUGCGCGUUAUGUUACAAUGGUAGAAAAUGCCUAUUACUACUGUAAUCCCCCUCCAGCUGAAAAAACUGUGAAGAAAAAACGUCCUCCUUUGCAGGAAUAUAUUCGUAAGCUUCUUUACAAGGAUCUCUCCAAGGUCACCACAGAGAAGGUCCUGAGACAGAUGCGCAAGCUGCCUUGGCAGGAUGCAGAAGUAAAAGACUAUGUUAUAUGCUGUAUGAUCAACAUCUGGAAUGUGAAAUAUAAUAGUAUUCACUGUGUAGCCAACCUCUUAGCAGGGUUGGUCCUUUACCAGGAAGAUGUUGGAAUUCAUGUUGUGGAUGGAGUGUUAGAGGAUAUUCGACUAGGAAUGGAGGUUAACCAGCCAAAGUUUAACCAACGGCGGAUCAGCAGUGCCAAGUUUUUGGGGGAGCUUUACAAUUAUCGAAUGGUGGAAUCGGCUGUAAUAUUUCGAACUCUGUACUCUUUCACAUCAUUUGGUGUGAACCCUGAUGGUAGUCCUAGUCCACUGGACCCUCCAGAGCAUCUUUUCAGAAUCAGACUAGUUUGUACUAUCCUUGAUACCUGUGGGCAGUAUUUUGACAGAGGAUCCAGCAAACGAAAACUUGAUUGCUUCCUUGUAUAUUUUCAGCGGUAUGUUUGGUGGAAAAAAAGUCUGGAUGUUUGGACAAAAGACCACCCGUUUCCUAUAGACAUAGACUACAUGAUCAGUGAUACACUGGAACUGCUGAGACCAAAGAUAAAGCUCUGUAAUUCUCUGGAAGAAGCUAUCAGACAGGUGCAAGACUUGGAACGAGAAUUCUUAAUAAAAUUAGGAAUUGUGAAUGACAAAGAUUCCAAAGAUUCCAUUACGGAAGGAGAGAAUCUGGAAGAGGAUGAAGAGGAGGAGGAAGGUGGAGCAGAGACAGAGGAACAAUCUGGAAAUGAAAGUGAAGUAAAUGAGCCAGAAGAAGAGGAGGGCUCUGACAACGAGGAAGAAGAAGGUGAAGAAGAGGAAGAAGAAAACACGGAUUAUCUUACAGACUCCAAUAAGGAAAAUGAAACCGAUGAGGAGAAUACAGAAGUAAUGAUUAAAGGAGGAGGACUUAAGCAUGUCCCUUGUGCAGAAGAUGAGGACUUCAUUCAGGCAUUGGAUAAAAUGAUGCUGGAAAAUCUUCAGCAACGGAGUGGUGAAUCUGUUAAAGUACAUCAGUUGGAUGUUGCUAUUCCUCUACAUCUCAAAAGUCAGCUCAAGAAGGGUCCCCCACUUGGAGGUGGAGAAGGAGAGUCAGAGUCUGGAGACACAAUGCCAUUUGUCAUGUUAACACGAAAAGGCAACAAACAGCAGUUUAAGAUCCUAAAUGUACCAAUGUCUUCCCAACUUGCUGCCAACCAUUGGAACCAACAGCAAGCUGAACAGGAGGAGAGAAUGAGGAUGAAAAAGCUCACUUUGGAUAUCAAUGAACGGCAAGAACAAGAGGACUACCAGGAAAUGUUGCAGUCUCUGGCACAGCGUCCAGCUCCAGCAAAUACUAAUCGUGAACGGCGGCCUCGUUACCAGCAUCCGAAGGGAGCACCUAAUGCAGAUCUAAUCUUUAAAACUGGUGGGAGGAGACGUUGAUCCAGCAGCAAGUGUCAUUUCAUUAGGUCCUGUAUCUCUGAUGUUGUGGAUAGUGGAGUCCUCCAGCGAUUAAAUGAGAGCAGUGGACACAUCUCAGCAUGUCAGUCUAGAGCGUUCAGAAUCGAAACCUGGGACAGGCUGGGGCCGUGGGGCAGAAACAACAGCCUCCCCUCUUCCCCCUCAACCCCACACAGAACAAGUGGAAGCUUCCAGUCAUGG